AUGGGUCCAAUCCGAUGCCUGAUAAUAGGUCAUUAUUUUCCUGCAAAUGGUUACAAUUUACAAUCAACUAUUUUAAGUUUUUCUACAUUUGAUAAACAACAUACCUCAAUUGAAAUCUCUAGAAUAUUAGAGACAAAAUUAAAAGAACUUAAUAUUUCUCAAAAAGCUGUUCGAGUAACAUGUGAUGGUGGUAAGAAUAUAGUGUGUGCUAUUGAUAAUAUGGAUCUAAACCUGAAACGUGUGUGGUGUGUUGCACAUCGUCUUCAUCUUACUGUUACUAAAGCUUUAGAGUUUUGGAUAAUGAAAAACAACAACAAUGAAGAAAGUACAAUCGUAGAAGAACAAGAUUUAGUUAUUGGUGUAGAUGAUCAAUAUGAAGGUGUGAUAAAUGUUGAAGAGUUUGAAGAAAAUCAUGAAACAAAUAUAGAUAGUAUGAAUGAAUUGGAAUUCGACAAUGGUGAAUCAAUGGAAGUGGAGGAUAUGAAUGAUGAAGAUGAAGAAUCAUUAUCCUGUAUGAUUGAUGAUGAAAUUACUGAUAAUUGGGAAGAACAUGUUAUAGUAUCCGAUGAUGAUAUUGUUUAUGAUCAAGAAAUAAUUGUUAAUGUUUUAAAAAAAUGUCGUGCAUUAUUUGAAUUAACAACCGAUGAUUGGGUUAUAUUAGCUCAAUUGCAUUUAGUUCUCAAACCAUUUUUUCAUGCAACAAAAGUACUUUCCGGUCGUCAAUAUCCAUCUAUGGGACUUGCUUUUCAUUUAAUUAUACGUUUGAAAAAUUUUCUUCAACAUCAUGAAAAAAAAACAAAAAUUAAUGAUAAAACGUUUAAAACAAUUGUUACUGUUAUUAGGAUAACUUCGAAAAAAAUUCAAAUCAACAUUUCACGUUGCAUAGUUGCAUUACAUGCUUAUUUCGAUCCCGCUGGAUUUGCAACAUUAACUGAUCUAGAAAAACGAUCUAUUGAACAAAAUAUUAAAAACAUGGCAACUAAUGAAGAACUAUUCGGUUCAACACAAUCAAUAACAACUGUGCUUCCUAUUGUUACAAUGUCUAUCGGCAUAUCGGGCAACCCGCCCUUAAAUAAAACAUCAGCUAAACCAGCUAUGGACAUGUUUAAUGAAUCAAUUGGGGAAUUAAAUUAUGAAGUAAAUCCGUAUGAUGAAAAUAAACACUCAACAAUUAUUGAUGAUAUUUAUAAUUAUCGAAAAUGUGUAACACGGUUCAAUUUGAGACAAAAACAUGAUGCAUUAUCAUCAACAUUAUUUUGGAACACAUACGGAGAAAAUUUAUCAAUUUUAGGUAAGCUAGCAAAGCGAAUGCUUUGUUCGCCGGCUAGGUCAGUGCCGAGCGAAAGUUGUUUUUCUACAUCAGCUUUUCUAAAUAGAAAAGAACGAGCACGUUUAAGUGGAGAAAAUCUAUCAUCAAGUGUUUUUCUCCAAGAUAAAAUGGGCUUUUAA